CAAUCAAUAAAUAUAAUACUGAAAGGCGCUAGGUGUGCAUUAAAAUAAAGCUAAAUAAAAAAGUGAGUCUUUAAAAAACUUUCACAUUAUGUGGAACGAGAAUGUGAUGUUAUGAGAGCAAAUGCUUCUUAGUCAAAAUAAAUAAUAUAUCAAAAGGAAGAGAACAAAAAUGAAAGGUAUCCCAGAAGCUUUAACCCUUCUGAGCGUGGUGACGAUGGUAACGCCAGGGUUUCAGUUCCGCAGUAGGAACGUAUCAGAUGCUUCUAUGAGCAAGCCUUGCUCUCUCGGGGAGUACGCAACGCGAGCGCAGUGCGUGCAGUCUCAGUACAGCUUGAUAUGCAAAGAUGGCAUCGCCAGCUAUUGGAUACGAGGAAUAAAACGCGACAUCACAUCUCUGCAGCUGGUGAAUUGGCCGGGAGAGUGCUUAAACGUCGCCCGCCUUCAGUACCACUACCCUGAGCUGGUCUUCUUAGAAUUCAUCAAUUCUACCACUUUGAAGAGCUUUAAAGGACACUUCAGCGCUGUGAACAAGAUUGAGAAACUCGCAGUCCAUGGUCUGAUGUCACUGUGGGAGCUGCCUCCUGAGAUCGUGAUGGAUAUGCCUGAGCUCCAAGAGAUGGACCUUCGAUGGAACAUGCUCAGACAUAUCAAGUCCUCUCUGUUGACGGGGCCUAGGAAAUUACACACCCUUCGGUUAGCAGGUAACAGUUGGGACUGCAGCGACGGAGGUCUUGACUGGUUGGCGAUGGAGCCAGAAAACGGAACAAUUAGAAGAAAAAUCGUAGAUUAUGAUGAACUAGUGUGUCACCAACAACUGUACCGAGGGAAGCCACUGAAUAAAGUCAUGGAUAUUAUAAAAACGAUCCGCGAGACAUGUCCAGAUCCAUGCGAGUGUACGAUGACGCACGUGGUGUCUAACGCUGCAGGGGCCAUCAUUCCUCUUAUAACCGUCAACUGUUCUAACAAAGACCUGGAGAAUCCACCACCAGCCUUACCUCCUGACACCACCACGCUCCGGCUAGAGGGCAACAAGUUGAGUACAAUUCGAGCCAUAGUGCAUAACCCGCAGUACAGAAAACUUGCGGAUUUGUAUUUGGAUAACAAUAGCAUAUCAGCUGUCAAGGAGCUAGAAGGCACGGAGUGGUUUUCCACUUUUAGGGUGUUGAGUCUUCGCGGGAAUCUGUUGAAACAGAUUCCUGUAUACGCUUUUGACAAAGCGUUUCAGUAUAAUAACAACAUAAUGCAUGUGUACCUGGGUGACAACCCCUGGCGGUGCGACUGCCACUACAUACCCCGCUUUCAAAGCCUACUGCUCAAAUAUAAGAGAGUGAUUCGGGACCUACCCGACAUAAGAUGCUCCAAAUCAAGCGAUAAAAAAACAUCACUUGUACAGAUAAGCACAAUACCACUGGGAAACAUCUGUGGAGAAGAUGAUGUAAUGCCUAUAAGUCCAAUAAAUAUAGUCAAUUUAGUUUUAUUAGCGUUAAUACUAAUAGUUGUUGGAAGAUUUCUGUACGACUGGCAGAAUUUCAAGAAUACUGGCGAGCUGCCGUGGCUGUCUUCAAUAUUACCAUGAACUUAUCAUGAAUAGAGUAAAUAAUCACAAAUCUAGCAUUUUAAAUAAAAGGAUGUUGAACAUGG